AUGGGUGACCUUCCGGGAAGUGGUUUCCGAAACCGUGUGAGUGAGGCCAAAACACGGGGAAAGGUGGGUGUUGAUUGCAGGGAUAGUAAACAAGUCAUUAGAGCCUCUAAAAAUAACGGACCGGCCGUCGGACAGGGUGAGGCCCACGGGCCGAGAUGGGCAUGCGGACCCAGAGAGAGGGUGUGGGUGACUCACCGGGAGGGGCGGUCUGGGAGUUAUAAUUUGGUAUCAGAGCUAAACCCAGACGAGAGUGUGGAGUCAAGUUGA